AUGCGGGUAAGGGCGCAACUCCAUGUGCUGAUGCUGGGGAUCCAUCAGUCGCUGAUCGCGCCGUCGUUGCUAGUGGGGGCCGGGUGGUGGCGCCAACGGCAGGCGGGGGCGCGGCUGCGCGAGGUGGUGCAGUGGCGGGCACUUGGGGAGCAGUUGCGGGCUACGACUGCGCGGGACGGCGCGGGGGAGACUGACGCUGCGACAGUUGCCGAUGAUGGUAAUGCUUUUGGAGCCCCUGCGGAUGCUGGUGGUGAUGCAGCAGGUGGUGUUGCAGUUGGAGCUGAAGAGGAAGAAGCUGUGGAUGAAGGUAACCCGCCUUUGGGUGUUGCAGCGGCUGCUGGUGUCGCAGCGGCUGCUUGUGUCGCAACGGCUCUAGGUGCUGAUACAACCGCUGGUGUUUCAGUGACCGGUGGUUUUGCGAUUGGGGGAGGCAGCUUAGGCACGACUGAUUUUGGCGCCGCGGGCGGAGGCGGAAGCGCGGUGGAGGGCGCAGCCGGAUCUGUCGCAGGCGUGGAGGCGGGAAGCGGUGACGAGGCUGAUGCCUGUGCAGAGAUCGACGGUGCACCUGCCGCGAUUGGUGCAGUCGUUUGCAGCGCGGGUUGCGCGGGAUCAACGGAGACAACUGAGGUAGGAGAUUGGGCUGCAACCGAAGACCCGCCAGACUCCUUCGCGCUGGCAGCAGCAGAGGUCAACUUCUUGGCUGAUGAACCAUCAUCCAUCGCAUCGAGAUAA